AUGCCCCGCAGCAUCCCCGGCGCGGUCCGCGGGCAGCCGGGCUCUCCCCGCUGGGGUCCGGGCGCUUUCCCCCGUGUCGCUGCCCUCGGGUGCUGGCCCCGCGCCUUGGGGCACAGCGUUUCGGACAACCACAAGCUGUACAAGCAGAAGCUGGAGGAGCUGACCAAGCUGCAGGAUGGCAUCUCCAGCUCCAUCGCCCGGCAGAAGAAGCGGCUGAAGGAGCUGUCGCUCUCCCUCAAAAAAUGCAAAGGCCAGGCGACUCCCGAGCAGGAAACUUCCAUCCAAGAGACCCAGAGCCUGAUUAAAGAGAGGCAGAACGUGUUCUUUGAGAUGGAGGCCUAUCUGCCAAAGAAGAACGGGUUGUACCUGAGUCUGGUGCUCGGCAAUGUGAACGUGACGCUGCUCAGCAAACAGGCCAAGUUUGCAUAUAAAGAUGAGUACGAGAAGUUCAAGCUCUACCUCACCAUCAUCCUACUCAUUGUCUCCUUCUCCUGUCGGUUCCUCCUCAACUCCAGGGUGACAGACGCCGUCUUCAACUUCCUGCUGGUGUGGUACUACUGCACCCUGACCAUCCGUGAGAGCAUCCUGAUCAACAACGGCUCCAAGAUCAAAGGCUGGUGGGUUUUCCAUCACUACAUCUCCACCUUCCUCUCAGGUGUCAUGCUGACGUGGCCAGAUGGGCUCAUGUACCAGAUGUUCAGGAACCAGUUCCUCUCCUUCUCCAUGUACCAGAGCUUUGUGCAGUUCCUGCAGUAUUACUACCAGAGCGGGUGCUUGUACCGGCUGCGAGCGCUGGGGGAGAGGCACAACAUGGACCUGACUGUGGAGGGCUUCCAGUCCUGGAUGUGGAGAGGCCUCACGUUCCUGCUUCCCUUCCUCUUCUUUGGGCAGUUCUGGCAGCUCUACAACGCCAUCACCCUGUUCCGCAUGAUCCAGCACCCCGAGUGCAAGGAGUGGCAGGUCCUCAUGUGCGGCAUCCCCUUCUUCAUCCUCUUCCUGGGCAACUUCUUCACCACCCUCCGUGUUGUGCACCAGAAGAUUCAGAACAAGAACCAGGACACGAAGGAGAAUUGAAGUGGGGCAGUGUGGGGGCCUGGACUGUUUCUCCCCACCUGCUCCAUCCCCUAUUCCCACCUCCUCGAUUCCGUCCGGACUCUGGGGUCUCAGCCCGUUCCUGGGCGUGGGACAGAGCUUGGGGCCUGCUCCUGGACAGUCCAUGGGCUCAGCACGGGGCUGGAGCCGUGCUGGAGUCACUCACCUGGAGUCAGGAGCACCCUGCACCUCCUGUCCUGGCUGCCUUCCACAUCCAAACAGCAGGAUGCUUGGGACAGCCACCCCCCUCCCUUCUGCUGGGGUGUUCUCUGGCUGCUGGUGCUCCCCACCCCACUGGGACAGGGCAGUGUCCAGGGGCUGCCUCACACGGCUCCUGGGGGGCUGCAGGCUCCCCCUUUCCCCCCAGCCCUGCACCCAGGGCAGCCCCUCUGUGUGCUGAGGGCACUGGUCACUCCAAGGGCAGCUGGGGCUGUGCACAGCCCUGCAUUCCAGGGCUGCCCCAGCUCCUCCCUCGCCUCCAAUCCACAGGGAAGGGGCACUGGGGCACGGCAGGGGUGGGAGCAGCACCCUGGGCUGGCAUCGUGUGAAAAUAAAGGGAAGGAGCUGCCCCAGGUCACUGGGACAGUCUGGGAA